AGAAGAAGACCGAAGAUAUCACGCUAAUUCAAUAACUGAUUGGAAAGAAGGCCUUUGCAGUCUUUCUGCCUUGUUGAAUUAAGUUGUUUGCUUAGAGCGGUGUAUGUAGCGUCAGAAGCCUUAAGAGAUACCUGCAAAUCCAAGCGGUAGCACGAUCAGUUUCGAAACAAUAGCGUUGUUGACGUUUUAGCGAACAUGUCCUCCCGGAGUUCGUUCAAAGUGCCUCGCUCCUCUAAGUUUAAGCAUGUAUUUGGGAAUCCUUUCAAGAAAGAUAAAUGUUACGAAGCCAUCAGGUUAUCGACGAAAUCGACGGAUGGAGGAAGUCAUUGUGCAGUAAAUCCUAAAUUCAUUGCAGUCGUGGUUGAAUCGAGUGGCGGGGGAACAUUCCUUGUUCUACCGCUCGAACAGGUACGCUUUACUUUAUUUAGUGUUAUUAGACAGAUCGUUUUGCAUCGUUUAAAAGGCCAUAUGUAUGCGUGUCGAGUUUGCUGUGCAAAUCAUUACAUAAUUUUCUGUUUGCUUAGAAUUCUCUAGCACACACGAUUUCGUUAUAUGCUUGACAAAAUAUUAGCAAAAUUUCGCGCUUCAGUAGAACGCCCAGAUCUAGAACCAACAAAGUUUGCUGUGGAGCGCGUUACGAGUUUGUUGCAUGCUGAUUCAAAGCGAAGUGUUUUCGUUUUAUUUGUCAAAACAAAAAAGAUGAUGUCUUCUCUCUAGCCACAUUGACUGGUGUGUGUGUUCUCAACUUAAAAUCAGCCAGAUAUGGAUAUUUUUUCAAGUAAUCAUGGUUCAGUUUAAAAACUAUUGUGUUCCUAAUGUCAAUUUCUGACGUAAAACUGUGGGAAUGGAAAGUUCAUCGGUUGUUCAAAGGAAAGAAAGAUGAUGUUUUCUCAAAUCGUUUCUAAAAAUUAUCCCUUUGAUUGCGUCCUUAAUCCUAAGAAAAACCUCUGUGAAGUAUAGCUUUGUGAAUCUAGCUUGAUCUUCGCAUGACGAGAAGCCAUUUAAUUAUAUGUUUCCAAGUCUUUUAUCUGAAACAACAUGCUCUUCCGCUGCGACUGAGCAAUUAUUUUGUUCUUAAUGCUAAUUUGUGUUCUCGAAUGUGUGAAUGUGUAUUUUUCGUAAGGUGUGACAUUUCAGAGUUAUUGGGCCAUGAAAUAUAUGAUAAAGUUUACUCUUUCGCGAUUUCUUGCCAUUCGAACCCUUUAAGUGACAAUACCAAGAAGUCUUCAAAUAGUUAUUUUCAGAGGCAAUGUAACGUCAACUUUUGUUAACUUUACAAGCUUCUUUAAUUUACGGAGUUUUAAUUGCGCAAACAUGAAUAAACAAUUAAAAAAAAGCUCCAUUGUUGAGCCACGAAAAUUAAGUCGUUGCUAGUUUAGUUUCUCAAGCUGAUCGGCCAAGUGUUUUUGAAUGAUUUUUAGAGAUAGGCUCUGAAUACUUGCGUCAAGUUGAGAGAUCACAAAGAUAGUUUGUGUCAUCACAAUGUCAGGAGUAACAAUGAGAUGUCUGGGAGUUUAGAAUAGCUAAAUUUAGUCUGAGGCUAAAGCUUCAUUUGUGCAAGGGCACAUAUGUAAAUUAGAAAUGCAUUCUUGCAUACUUUAGACAAGGAAAUGAACUAAGCUUUAAAAUUCAAUGCAAAAACAAGCCUGACCUAUUUCAGGUCAUGGAGAUAAAAAAUACUUAAAGAUCAUGUGAGGAAAGUAACUCCCAUGGUUAUGCUGUAAAAGGUUAAGACUGUUUAAGACACUAACAUAAGCAAUACUGUUUUAACUCCCAGAUUUCUGAUAGUUAUGCUUCUGUGUUUUGAUAUUUGUGCUGUCAUAUUACAAACAAUUAAUAUUGAUUCAUGUGUGGUUAACCAAUACAUUAUUUUUUGUUGGGUUCCACUUAGAAGGCAGUAUAAUUUGAUGCAAAUGGAAAUUGACACUCCACAAAGCUGUCUGCCUUUUGAGAUGAAAUUGAUCCUAGAGUCAGCAUAGACAACAGUCUUAGUGGAUUAGACAUUUAGCCCUCCACUAGAGCACUUAGAAAUAUAUUUUGAAAGUAAUUUUGAAUUGAUUAUAUAUAUAUAUAUUUAAGGAAAAGUAAAUAGAUUUUUGUAGCUGUUCAGAAAUACAUCUCAGAUGACAUCAAAAUGUGGGAAGAACAAAACAGUGGCAAAUGAGGUGCAGCAACUUAAAAAGAAAAAGUCAGCUCUUUGAAUUAAGCUGGUCCUUUAGUGUAUUGCCCCUCUAAUCACUCUAACUUCUGCUACCAUUUAUGAAUGAUAUCAUAUUUUGUGAAGGAAUGUUAAAAAUGAAUACUGAGAUUGUUCUUAUUUCUGCUAUGCGACAGGUUGGUCGUGUUCCUAUAGAUGCCCCAAAAGUAACUGGACAUGGGCGGCCUGUUCUUGAUAUUCAAUGGAACCCUUUUAAUGACCAACAAAUAGCUUCCAGUGCUGAGGAUGGUUCAAUCAAAGUAUGGCAUAUUCCUGAAGAUGGCCUAUCAAUGGACCUUGAUGAACAUUUAGUUGAUUUAAGGGGGCACUCUCGUAAGGUCAAUAUUAUUCGAUGGCAUCCUUGUGCUGAAGGGGUCAUUGCUAGUGCUGGGUAUGACAAUGAAGUUAGAAUUUGGGAUAUUGUGGAUGACAGAGAAGCUGCAACAAUACUCAAGGGACAUCCUGAUACAAUUUUUUCACUGUCUUUCAAUUACAAUGGUAGUUUACUGGCUUCCACUUGUAAAGACAAGAAGAUACGAGUUAUAGAUCCCAGAGCUGGAAGACUCGCAGCGGUAGGUACUAUCAUUAUUGUAUACUACAAAUUUUUCAGGGAUGUAAGAUUCUGAUUAUGUUAGUUUCUUCAGGUGGACCAAUAAAUCAGGCUAAAAGUGGUCAAAAAGUUGUAAUAAAGAAUAAUAUUGCCCUGCCCCAAAAAACUCUGAAUGCUUGGUGUCUUCUGUAAAUAUUUAUCAUUUUUAAGCUGAGUUGUAGCUUAUGGACAACACCAGGAAAUGUCAUUAAACAUUUUUGGAACAUCCUAUUGGAUCUAGAUGUAUUUCAGGGAUCUGUCAGUAUUUUGAAACCAUUGAAAAAACAUCUUACUUAAUGACCUUUUCACAGAAACAAAUAUUUUGUCCUGUUUAUCUGAAAGGAGGAAAUGAUGCAAUCUGGAUAUAUUCAUUCUUGUCUUGUCCAUAUUAACAACAAGUUUAUGUUCCAAAAAAAUGCAUCCAUCACAAAGGUAGAAUACUAUUGGCACACUUGUGGUACAAGUAUGACCAUGGAAAUAAGAACAUCUAAAUUUCUUGAAAGUCUACCAAACAACACUGGCCUCCACUUCUUAAAAAAAAAAAAAAUAGACUUUAAUGACCAUCACAAUUACUGGUAGACCCAGUAGUUUACAUUGUGGGCCAGACAUUAUGAAGGAGAGAGAAACAAAUAUUUCAAAUAAACACUAAAUGCUUGAAAAUCCCACCUGGCUGGAGGCAAUUCAGCUGGUUAUUUACACGGUGCAGUCAUGGAGUUGAACUCUGGGCAACCAAGAAUAAAUCCAGUGAACAGUAGGGAGGAGGACUUGAACCUGGGACCACUGGAUUACUAGUCCAGUACUCUAACCACUGGGCCACACCACCUCCCACCUUCUGAAAUGUCUGUUUUCAAAAUUCUUCGAGACAAAUAUUAUCCUUAGAUACAUGGCUUUCAUGCUCUGAUAUGUCAACUCAUAAAAUUGUUUUGCUUUUUCAGCAUGGAUUGGGACACCCUGGCAAUAAGAGCUCUCAUGUGGUUUUUCUUGGUGAUAUGAACAUGCUCUUUACGACAGGAUUCUCAAGAAUGAACGAGAGACAAGUAGCCAUCUGGGAUGUGGUAAGAAAUUUCAAACGCUUUUUAUUAAAGAAAGAUACUAUUGCUGUUGUCACAAGAGUAGGACAAAGAAAAAAUCUGAGAUAUCAUAGAAAUUGAUGUUGCAUUAGGCCAAAAUCACCAUAGGGUGUUUGGCACAGUCCAUCUUGAGGGUUUCUGUGGCAGAGUGGCAGAGCAUCAGAGCACAGAAAACUAGUUUGUAUGGUCCAAUUCCUCAAUGGACUCAGAUCUUUCUGAUCUCAAAGAUUUACUGUCUCUUCUAGUCUACUCAGCUUUUAAUUAGUUUUGUAGAUGUGCUGAAUGGGUGUCAUUUCUUAGAAAAUUCAAGGACAUAGAAGAUACUCAUCAUUAACUUUUUUUGUAAUUUUCUUCCAUCAGAGAAAUUUGAAAAAAGCUAUCAAAAUUGAUAGUGUGGAUUCUUCAUCAGGUGUUCUGCUCCCCUAUUAUGAUCACGACACAAGGAUUGUUUUUCUUGCUGGAAAGGUAGUUUUCAAAGUUAUCAUCAUGUGUAUCUGCAUGAAAAAUAGUUCAGGCUGCCCAGGCCAUGAAUUCUUUGCACCAAAUCAUCAUUAUGCAUAUUCUCCAUUCUACUUUUUAUACAUUUGCUAUGGUAUAGAGAAGGAGAAUUUAUUUGAUGACCAAGAGCUGUUUUAUUUCAUGAUCACUUCCUUUAUUUAAUGAUAAUGUUUGGUGCAGCAGUGAUACUGUAAGGAUAAAUAGGGUGUUGGUCACCCUGAGGAGUGAAAGGGUCAAAUUUGAGAUGGAGAAUUCUGCAUGGUAGCCAGAGAGUUCUUAUUGUACCAAUGCCUUGUGAACAUUAGGACUUAGCAGAUCUCCUUGGAUCUUUGUAUGGAAUAAGUGCUUGUUUAAGAUCUCAUACCAAUAGUUACCAGACCUUAGUUGUUUUAAAAGAGAUAUUAAAUAUUUUUAAUAAAUUAUACAGCAUGUACCUUGUUUUUAUAACAUAUUUGACCUGCAUGUGAAAGGUACUUAUUUGAAAUGCUAAAAGAAUGAAAACAGUGGGUCCCUUUUCUACCAUGACACAUGUUGUUGUUUGGAAUGACAUAGGUACAAUAGGCCAUUUUACAGUUGUGUACAGUUGCCAAGCCUUUAAUUUGGAGUGAGGCUGAAGGUGACCUGGUUGUGAUAGAGACCAGUAUCUGGUUAGCAUGAUAACAAAAUAAUUUGCAUUUGAAAAGCGGCAAGGUUUGUAUUAUAACGAGGUCAACCUUAGCCUCACUCCUGUUCAAAGGCUUGGCAACCAAGCACACAACUGUAAAAUGGACUAUUUUGAUCUAUAAUGGAGGAAUGCUUAUUAUUUCAUAAAUAACUAUUCUUUUAAUGAAGAAUCAUUUCUUAUGCAUAUCACUAUUUUCUUUCCAGGGUGAUGGCAAUAUCAGGUACUAUGAAGUAUCAGAAUCUGAGCCAUAUUUCACCUUCCUAAAUGAGUACCGUAGUUCAUCACCUCAACGUGGCUUUGGUGUCAUGCCAAAGAGAGGUGUUGAUGUCACUGCAUGUGAGAUUUAUAGGUUUUAUAAGCUGCACAACAACAACUUUGUGGAACCAAUUGCCAUGACUGUUCCAAGAAGGGUAAGAACAAUACGAUUUUCUGUACUGACUUAUGUAGUAAUUUACUUCCUUCACCAAGCCUUUCUUUUCAUGUUAUUUUGGUUUCUUUUGAUAGACUGUAGAAUGCUUUUGUUUGAAAAUUUAAGAUACUUGUCAUAAAUCAUCAGUAUGCACUUGUGCAAUUGCAGUCUGUAGUGCAAUUUCAUGAGACCAUGACUUUUGUGGGGAAUAAAAUAUGAGAUGGUUGAGUUGAUCCAAAAGUUUUUUGUGUAUUUUAUUUUUGCAGCAAUCCAGUGUACUUCAGCGAGACUUAUAUCCAUUGACUCCAUCAGAUAAACCUUCCAUGAGGGCUCGUGAAUGGAUUGACCAAGGACUUAAUAGAAAUCCAAACCUCAUGGACCUCCUAAAAGACUUUCCUCUUUUGGAUGGAGAGGUAGAGACCCGUGAUAUGAGAACAAGAGAACAGCGAGAGAGAGAGGACAGGCGUGCAUCAACUGGAAGAGCAGAAUACCAGGCUGUCAGGUACACUGUGCUUUGUUUUUCCUCUAAGGGAGAGAGUAUGCUGUAAUACAGGGGAAAAACAGCCUAUAGGGUGCUGGAUUCCAGUUUUAGCAAGCUAGGGUGGAACCUGGUUUCAAUUUUGCAUAGCCAACUGCUUCUAAUCUUAUCACAGAUCAUGUUCUGCAGGGAAAAGUACCAGUCACUGUUCUCUAAAAAUGAAUCAACAUAACCAUGAUAACUGUCACCAUGCCAUUAUUGCUAUAUACAAAUUAUAAUUGUGACAAUAAUUGACAGCACUUGCUUAAUCUUCUAAGUAGGAAUGACAUUUAACCUAAAGAAACUUCCUUCAUGGCAAUGCUCCACAUCACAUUAAUUAAACUGCUAGUUGAACAAGCAUGACAAUUUUACAGACUUCUAAAACAAUUUUAAACUGUGGUAAAACUGUAAUGCAUGAUUACCAGUUGCUGAAACAGUGACAUGUACAGAAUUGCCCAUGAAAGAAAAUCUGAGGUUUAAGGAAUUGACUCUAUUUUCUUUAAGAAAAGUAGGUGUUCUGUGUGCUCAUUUCUGCCAAAGAAACCAGAUUCCAAUCUCUUACAAAUGUGAUACUGCUCAUGCCUUUUGCAUAGAAAGACCCUAAUCUUUGAUUGUUUUGCUUUGUAUACAAGUACGUGUUAAUAAGUUAAAACUGAGAAACAUAGGUGUACCUUGACUGAAAAGUUUUGUACUUAUUGUUGCAAUUACAUUCCAUAAUUUUCUUUCAUGUAGAAGUCCAACUUCUGAAUCACCACCAAAGUCACCACCAAAGUCUCCAGUAAGAGUUAGCAGUAGAAAUGAAGAACAACGUUAUCCAACUUCACCUGAAACCAACCAUGUGUCUACUAGAGGACAGAAUGGAGAGAGUGAAGUUCAGUAUGUUCGAGCAACUGAAGUGUCAAGUAAGCCAGAAACCAAACAGAGAGACCCAAUCCAGGUAAUUUAUCAGUUUAAAUAUUUAACAAAUGGAUCCCUUGUUGACAUGGGUCUGUUUAACAAAUAGAUUCCAAGUUGCCGUGCAUCUGUUCAGUAAUAGAUCAUAGAUGAUGUCAAAAUGUGGUAAGAAAAAUGAAGUGGCACAUGGGGUGCAGCUGAGUGUGUCACUGAUGUUCUUACCACAUUUGACAUCAUCUGUGAUCUAUUACUUGUCCAUGACAAGGUUUCCCCCCAGCAUUUCUUCAGACUUCAAAAAUUUGCCAUUACCCAUUUAUGAUCUUGGAUUGAGAGAGGCACUGUGAGAGUGAAGUGUUUUACCCAAGAACACAACACAUUGACCUGGCCUGCACUCAAACCUGCACUUCUCAACCUAGAGUCCAAUACAAUGACCAUAAAGCUACUGCAUCUCCCACUGACUUAAAAAUGUGGUGAGAACCAGAAAGUAACACUCAAGGUGCAGUUGCAUGUGUUGCUGAUGUGCUACACUGUUCCUCAUUUUGACAUCAUCUGUGAUAUAUUACUUUACAGACCCACAGCAUCAUGGAAUCUAUUUAUUUUGUAUGAUAUAGAAGCAAAGUGUUGGUAAUGGUGACAUCAUCUAUGUGUCUGUCCUCCAGUAGAUGAUCAGGAAGAACCAAUCAAAAUGCAUGCCUAAUUCAGCCCAUCAAAUAAGUUAGUUGGAAUGACAGCUUGAACAUUAUUAUUGUUUUUUUUUUUUAUCAUGAAUUAGGUCACAGCAAAAGCAGUAGAUAAUGGUAGAGGGUCUUCUUUGGAAAAAAGACGACCAAGUGGAGGAGGUAGAAGGCGCUCAGGGGAUUUUGCAAACUGGGAUAUUGACACUGUAAGUUGUGCUACCAUAAUUUAAGUGAUCAAUACUUGUUGAAUGUACAUAGGCCUCUUGUUGCUAUUGCUCUUUGUUUGUGAAUCCUGAUUCAUGCCCCAGCUGUUGCAUUCAUGAGUAAACCACUUUGCUCUGCCAGCAUCCCUCUCCACUCAGGGGUCUAAAUGGGCGCAGUCAAUCUGUUGGGGAUAUGUGAUCAAUUGCCAUGGGGAUAACUGAUGUGCACUUGCAUCCCAUCUAACAGAAUGGGUGUACUCUUAACCCCUUCCACCCUGGCUCACGGAAGGUUACAUUUCUUGUCACUGAAUGUUAUUCCUGUACACAUGGUGCUGAAACACAUACAUGCACAGAUGUCAAUGAUCUUUUCUUUAUUUGUAUUUUUUCUUUGAUAGUUGAGACUUGCUUACAGUGAUCAGAGAGAAGAGAUAGUCUUCCUUGAAACUCAACUUAGAGCCAAAGAUGCAAAAAUUACCCAGCUUGAAAAGGAAAACCAAUACCUAAGAGAAAAAACGCAGAGGUGA